GUGCGUGGAACCAAAUAAAUAGAAUUCUGAAAGUGAGAAAAUAUCGGGAUUUUCGAGAUUUUAUUCCCGCUGAAAUUGUAGGCCACCUUCGUCAAGCCGGAUUCUACGAAGCCGCCUUAGCUGGGUCUCUGAAACUUGACAAAGUUUUAAUAUCAGCUAUGGUGGAGCGAUGGAGGCCUGAGACACACACGUUCCAUAUGCCGUUCGGAGAGUGUACUAUCACUCUGCAAGAUGUUGCUGUUCAUCUUGGCUUAUCCAUUGAUGGGAAUCCUGUCACCGGAGUUACUUGGUGUGAUUGGUCUGAGCUUGUAGAGGACUUGCUCGGAGUGGUGCCACCCGCCAGUGCUAUCAAAGGAGGUGGCUUGAAGUUGGUUUGGCUAGGUGAGCAAUUUAAUUUUCAUAAUCUAGGCGGUGCCGACCCGAUACAACUUAUGUAUGCUGCAAGAGCAUACAUCAUGCGACUAAUUGGUACUUUCUUACUAUGUGACCACACCGGUUCACAUGUCCCUCUUAGAUAUCUCAUUCUCUUACGAGACUUUGAGGAGACCGCAAAGUAUAGUUGGGGUUCAGCCGUACUAGCACUUCUCUAUCAUGAGUUGUGCUAUGCAACCGGUGCUUCACGUACAGAGAUUGGCGGCUGUGCUUAUUUGAUACAAGUGUGGGCAUGGCUAAGGAUUCCAGGAAUCGGCCCGGAUCCACCGAGGCUGCACCGUGGCCUCCCACUCGCGGCAAGAUGGAGGGACCCGGACCCGGAAAAACCAAUAAAGUGGGCAAAGAAGCAAAUCGAGUGGUGGCGCACCAAAUUAGACGAUUUGAGUUCUAAUGACGUGAGUAGCUUGUGUGGAUGUCGUACUUUGCUUAUCUUUAUUUUCAUUUAAAUUCUUAUCCUUCUUGUGUAUGUAGUUUGUGUGGAAGCCGUACUCUGAUCGUGUUCUCAAUGGGCUUCCGGAACGUUGUCGAGAAAACAUGCAUUUAUGGAGAACUGUGGUGCCAAUGGUACUCUAUCACGUUUCAGAGUUGCAUCAACCGGAUCGAGUUAUGCAACAAUUCGGGAUGUUUCAACCUGAACCGGAUGCACCGUCUCAACUUAAUGAAAUGCAUGAUAUUUCUCUGAAAGGGAAGGAAAAGCAGGAUUGGGUACAUAACAUGCGUGGUUUUAUACAGCUGUGGUCGGAGAGGCACCAGAGGUUGGCUAACCAACCCAAGACUAAUACUCUUGUUGGGCCAAAUGAUGAGUACAUGAUUUGGUACGACAAGUAUUAUGUUCGUUGG